GGUUGCGCCGAGGAGCUCCGGACCUCUCCACCUCUGAUGUAGUUUUGCGGCUUACUUUCAUUCAGCCGUCUUCGCAUUCUACGAGCUUUCCAGCGCAGAGUCUGUCAGAAUCUCCUGAUUUUUCCAAGAAGUAAGGUCUUGCGUAAUUUUAUUUUCCGUCGAGGGGAGCGAAUCAACAUAAAGAUAAAAGCAUGACGAGCCAAACGUCAAAAAAGGUCCGCUCAGAAGCCGAGGCCCUUGUGGCGAACCUGUUAGCCGAAGAAGACGAAGAUCCGCACGGGCUCAGCGACGCUCUCACCCGCGCUUUCUCAUCUGGUACAACUACAGAAAACGAAACACCAGAUGCCCCCACUUACCAAAGUAGCAACACGAGCACAACCAGUGGGACACCUUACUCGCCUGGUGAAGAAAGUGAACCCAAUCCGCAGCCUUCCCCUGGCUACAGCGACGCUGGCGCGGGGGAUGAUCCGGAUGAUGAUGAUAAUGACGAUGAUGAAGCUGCAAUUCAGCAUCAAGACACUCACGUAGUACACAGUCCUGUUAGGACCCGCAGUCCUACUUCCCCGAGCAAUGCGAGAAACGCGGAAGCGACUACCUGUACUGCGUCGAGCUCCCGCGGACGCGCAGGAGAAGUAGACGGGGAUGAGCAUGAUGAAGAUGUGGUAGAACAAGGCGUAAGCAGCGGCUCCGGUGAAGAUUCUCUACCUCAACGAGGAGCACAUCAUCAAGCUGCAGGCGGCUUCAGCAGCAUCGAUCGCGCGGCAACGAAAGCAGCGAUGAUCGAGCGGCUACUGCACGCAAGUAACAAGGACGAGGAGCCGGAACCCGAAGAACAGCAGGACCUUCCACCGUCCGCCCAAGUCCGGCGCCGCAUGCAGGACCUGCAACUCCCACCCGACUUCGACUUUGGUUCUCUUCCCGGCUUUGACGAGCGCAAGCGACAAGCCCUGGCCGAAUCACUACAAGGCAUAAAGAAAAUCACAACGGAAUACAAGCGUAAGUACUUUUUACGACUGUGACUGCCUGUGUCUGAGUCUGCUCUUGUUUAUGUUUUCUUGCACGAAGAUUGAUCGGAGUCGAGAUCGUGUACCGCCUGCUUGACGACGACGAGAUUUUUGCCAGCAUCGUUCUCGUACUUUUUACACACGAAAAAUCUCUUCUAGGUAUCCAAGACGAAAUGAGUGAGCUGAAGAAUUCGCUGUACUCCAGCGGGAACGGGUUCGGAGAGCUUGCUGGCACGCUGCAGGACAUGCGCGGUAUUCGUCAGCUGCUGGAAGAGGAAUCGGACCCUUCCGCAUCGUCAACAUCUGCCAAGAAUGAUGAAAGCUCAUCAACGGUAUUUAGAAACUUCGACUAAAAGUAGUACGCUGCUCAUCUUGACUUCCAUUCUACAUCUGAUGUCGUCGCAUUUGCAUAUAGCAUUUCUUUGGUUCCGAAGAUGGAUUGUUAAAUCCACAAUCACAUCGUGCAAAGGGUCGGCUGCUCCUUCGCAGAAAAUGAUACUAGUAAACUAUACUUUUAUCAUCAUCAACAGAGCGCUGACGAAGAAGCGUUGGCAAAGAUGAUCAAAGCGCGAUUUGGCAGCAACCGAAUUAGCGCGGAAACUUCCGGGCAAGCUGCAUCGCCAAAUGCGCAGCAGAGUGAACGGGGGGACCUGAGUGCCGAGUUGGAGAAAGUGAUACAGAUGGUGCAACGAAAGAAUCCCAAAGCUGGAAAAGCAAACGCAGGAGCUGGCUCCAAAGUCACCGACAGACAAGACCUGCUUAAAGCAAUCAACCAAGAGCUUUCGGAAGUGGAGGACAAAAAGAAAAAUCUCCUACACGUCCGCAAACAGCUGUCCCAAAACAUCGAACGUAUUUUGCAAGUAGUUUUUUUUCUGCCUUGAUAUUGAUAACGAACCGGGUCCGUUAGCGUAAUGUGUGGUGCGCGCGGCGCUAGGAUAGACAAGGACAACUCGCACUCGUAGUUGGAUAUAGAAUAAAAAAGCGAAGCUGGAUUUUUCUUGUUGCUUUGGCUUCUACUGACACGCAUGCAAAUCCUGCUCUUAUCUCCUGCUUCAGGUUCGGAUGCGAGGCGCAGUUCCAGCUCGGCCGGAGGCAAAAAGAACGAGACUGCCACCGCCGAAUUCGUUUUCGGAACUUUUCUUUUCCUUGUCGCUGUCUACCUGUCCUCCAAAGAAGUGCGUGCACUUGUUAAGGAAUGGUGGGCGCUUGGAUGGCGGCAAAUCGAAGAGCUGUAAGCUACUUCCGCGACAACCUUUGUUUUUGGUGUGCACCAAAAGAUGAAUCGCCCGGACGAAAUUUUGGUACUACACCAUCGCUACAAUGCAGGUUUUACGUCAAGAACCUAUUUUAGCCAGCUACUGAUGUCUCUGCUUCUAGCAGCACUAGGGCAGCUGGACUCCAUAGCAUGUACACUUCAACGGCGUUGCCGUUGGGCAGAAAGGUCGUCGCAUGUUGAGCUGCAUGGCGAGCAGCGCAGGGAUUACUGACGCAUGGUGGCAUCCAUACAGGUGGUCCACGCAUUGUCGAAGAUGAUGCGCAAAUGAAAAUGUGUAGAGGUUCACCACGAUGGCCGCCGUCGACGUCGUCGAAAUAUCGUGGUAAACUUUUUUUUGGGAUUGCCUUCUACUCAGUCGACAUUUUCCUCGAAUGCGUGGUUUGUAAGAAAUCGCAUUGGCAUCGUCCCCGCGGAAAUUUUUCGUAGAUCUUCCUCUACAUCAAUUCGUUGUCGUUGUCGUGACCAGAAAAAUAGUGCGAAUGAGAAGGCAGAGAACGAGAAGAGCAGAUUACCCAUUUCGCAACUAUUGCCGCUACCCUUUUACUCGUGUCGUGUCGUUUCUUUGUCGUCGAAAAUUUUCG